AUGAAUGCCUUCGAGUACAAUGCCAACCCCGGCAGGGUCAUCUUUGGCUCUGGCAGCAUCAAAAAGCUACCUGAUGAGAUCAGGAGACUCAAACUCUCUUCACCUUUGCUACUAACCACACCACGCCAAGCCAACUUGAUCGACCUGUUAGAAAGUGUCCUUAACUCCUCCUCCCCUUCCAUCAAACCAGCCGGCACCUUCACCAAAGCCACCAUGCACACCCCCUACCACAUCACCCAAAAAGCCCUCUCCUACGUCCAAACCAUCACCGCCGACUGCAUCAUCUCCAUCGGCGGCGGCAGUACCACCGGCCUGGGCAAAGCCAUCUCCUUCAACACCGGCCUCCCACACAUCAGCAUCCCAACCACCUACGCCGGCAGCGAAAUGACCGCAACCCUCGGCGAAACCAAAGAUGGCCACAAAACCACAAGGCACGACCGCAGAAUCCUCCCUGGGACCGUCAUCUACGACGUCGACCUCACCACAUCCCUGCCCGCAACCAUAUCCGCCACAUCCGGCAUAAACGCCAUAGCGCACGCCGUCGAAGCGCUCUACGCGCCCAACGGCAACCCGAUCACCAACCUGCUGGCCCUAGAGGGGAUCAAAGCGCUCGCAGAAUCUCUGCCCGAGAUCGUCCAGGACCCGACAUCCCAGCCCGCGCGGGAGAGAGCGCAAUAUGGCGCCUGGCUCUGCGGCACCUGUCUCGGCACCGUAAAGAUGUCCCUACACCACAAAAUUUCCCACGUCCUCGGCGGCUCCUUUGAUCUGCCUCACUCGGAAACACACACCAUUGUCCUCCCUCACGCCCUCUCUUACAGUGCACCUGCGAUCCCGGGAGCGAUGGCUAAGCUUGCCUCGGUGCUGCCGGGUAGCGAUGGCGACGCGAUCAAAGGGCUGAACGCGCUGUUGGAGAAAUUACGGGUCAAAAAGGGGUUGAAGGAGUUUGGGAUGAGGGAGGAGGAUGUGCAGAGGGCGGCGGAGAUCGCGGUGGAGAAUCCGUACGCGAAUCCGAGGCAGGUGGAGUUGGAACUUGUGAAGGAGUUGAUACGGAGGUGUUGGGCUGGGGAGGAGGCACGGGCGGAUUUCUAG